AUGGAGUCUUCAAGAGGCCCCCCACGGGUCAAAAACAAGGCGGCGGCGCCGAUACAGAUCAGCGCCGAGCAGCUCCUCCGCGAGGCCGUGGACCGACAGGAUGAGGGGCUUCAGGCACCGACGCAGCGGUUCGCGGACCUCGAGGAGCUGCACGAAUUCCAGGGCCGCAAGCGCAAGGAGUUUGAGGACUACGUGCGGCGCAACCGGGUGAACCUGAACAACUGGACGCGGUACGCGCAGUGGGAGCUGGAGCAGAAGGAGUUUGCGCGGGCGCGGUCGGUGUUCGAGCGGGCGCUGGACGUGCACCCCAACUCGGUGGUGCUGUGGAUCCGGUACGUGGAGGCGGAGAUGCGGUCGCGCAACAUCAACCACGCGCGCAACCUGCUGGACCGGGCCGUGACGCGGCUCCCGCGUGUGGACAAGCUGUGGUACAAGUACGUGUACAUGGAGGAGAUGCUGGGCAACGUGUCGGGGACGCGGCAGGUGUUUGACCGGUGGAUGCAGUGGCAGCCGGACGAGGCGGCGUGGAGCGCGUACAUCAAGCUGGAGAAGCGGUACGGUGAGCUGGACCGGGCGCGCGACAUCUUCCGGGCCUUCACGGUGGUGCACCCGGAGCCGCGCAACUGGAUCAAGUGGGCGCGGUUCGAGGAGGAGAACGGCACGAGCGACAUGGUGCGCGACGUGUUCGGCGAGGCGCUCGAGGCGCUGGGCGACGAUUUCGUGGACGAGAAGCUCUUCAUCGCGUACGCGCGCUUCGAGGCCAAGCUCAACGAGUACGAGCGGGCGCGGGCCAUCUACAAGCACGCGCUGGACCGGCUGCCGCGGUCGCGGUCCAUGGCGCUGCACAAGGCCUACACGACGUUUGAGAAGCAGUUCGGCGACCGCGACGGCGUCGAGGACGUGGUGCUGUCGAAGCGCAGGCGCCACUACGAGGAGCUGGUGCGCGAGAACGCCAAGAACUACGACGCCUGGUUCGACUACGCCGGGCUGGAGGAGACGUCGGGCGAGGCCGACCGCGUGCGCGACGUGUACGAGCGCGCCAUCGCCCAAGUGCCGCCGACGCAGGAGAAGCGCCACUGGCGCCGGUACAUCUUCCUCUGGAUCUUCUACGCCAUCUGGGAGGAGGUCGAGGGCCGGGACGCCGACCGGGCGCGGCAGAUCUACCAGACCUGCCUGGGCCUGAUACCGCACAAGAAGUUCACCUUUGCCAAGGUCUGGACGCUGGCGGCGCAGCUCGAGGUGCGCCAGGGCAACCUGACGGCGGCGCGCAAGCUCCUGGGCCGGGCCAUCGGCAUGUGCCCCAAGGACCGGCUGUUCGAGUCGUACAUCGACCUGGAGCGCCGGCUGUUCGAGUUCGUGCGGUGCCGCACCCUGUACGAGAAGCACGUCGAGUUCAACCCGGCCAACUGCCAGACGUGGAUCCGCUUCGCCGAGCUGGAGCGCGGCCUGGACGACCUGGACCGCGCCCGCGCCAUCUUCGAGCUGGCCGUGUCCCAGCCCCAGCUCGACAUGCCGGAGCUUCUGUGGAAGGCCUACAUCGACUUUGAGGAGGAGGAGGGCGAAUACGACCGGACCAGGGACCUGUACGAGCGCCUGCUCGAGAAGACGGACCACGUCAAAGUCUGGAUCAGCUACGCCCACUUCGAAAUCAACAUACCCGAGGGCGAAGAAGAAGAGGAGGAGGAAGAAGAGCGGCGAGAGGACCAGGAUCAGGAUCGGGAACGAGAGCAGCCAGUCAGUCAAGAGGCCAAGGACCGCGCCCGCAAAAUCUUUGAACGCGCCCACUCUCGCAUGCGAGACAGGGACCUCAAGGAGGAGAGGGUAUCCCUCCUCAACGCCUGGCUGUCGUUUGAGCGCACCCACGGGUCCGCCCGCGAGAUUGACGCCAUCCAGGCCCAGAUGCCACGCACGGUCAAGAAGCGCCGUCGCGGGGACGACGGCGACUCCUGGGAGGAGUACUUUGACUACAUCUUCCCCGCUGACGAUCAGCAGACCAAGAAUCUGUCGGGUAUCAUGGCCAUGGCGCAGAAGUGGAAGCAGUCUGGUGGUGGGUUGUAA